CGCGGCCUCAAGGGUCAACAAAUAUGGCUAAGCAUUAGCUGCCGAUAUCCCGUCCAGUCUUACUCACGGAAAGCUGAAAAAGUUUGAUGGCUUCAUUUGGCUGGAAGAGGAAAGCUGGUGAAAAGGUGUCAAAGACGGUGGUGCGGCAGUUUGAGGCUGAGGCGGAGAAGGCCGAAAAUGAUGGACCAGGUCAGGAUGAGGAGGAAGUGGACUGGUUGCACGCCAUCAAACGACGGCGGGAGAUCCUGCUGGAGGACUGUGCAGCAAAGAGCAGGAGGCUGAAAGAUGAGGGUGCACUGCUGGCUGAAGAAGGCAGGCACUGGGAAGCCAUUAAGAAGUGGGACGAGGCCAUUCAUCUGACUCCAGAUAACCCAAUACUGUAUGAGAUGAAGUCUCAGGUACUGACCAUUCUGCAGGAAGUGUUCCCAGCAGUGAAGGCUGCAGAGAUGGCCGUCAAGUUCAGACCCCUGUGGUGGGAAGGCUGGCAGACUCUGGGCCGUGCCCAACUCAACCUGGGUGAGGUGGACCUGGCUGUGAGGUCUUUCCAGGUUGCAAUCCACCUGUGCCCAUCAGAGCGCACCCUGUGGCAAGAAGACCUGGCAUGGGCAUCGAGGUUACAGAAGCAGAAUUUAGCAACCAAGGAGAAGAUUCGGGAAGAAGAGGAGACCAAAAACCAGAUCCUUAAUGCCCCUGAGCUGGAGCAGGACUAUGAUUUUGAGUCUGAUGAGGUGCUGGCCGCCUGCGUUGCCGUUGCUGAGCGACAGACACGCUAUGAGGAGCUGAAGAGGACCACGGUGGUCAUAGACUCUGAAGGGAAUAUAAAAAAUGUUGUCACUGGGGAAGGAGGAUCAGAGGACACAGCCACACCGUCCAAGGAACAGUUUGUCAAAGCAAGAGGACUUUGAACUGGUCUCAGCAGGAAUUUAUCGUCCUGGGUUCCAUUUUUUUAGGACUGAAAUUGGAUUAUAUCUGAAACCACUGUGAGUGUCUGAAGCUAGAACCUAAUGUUACCUAAUAUUCAGAAGGAAACAUGAGAACUGAGAAAUUCUAGUGAACUGGUAUGCAACAAGUUAAAGACAAUUGUGUUUUGUGGUUUCAAAUUUUCCAUUGCUUUAAUGUUGAUUGUGUUAAAUGUGCAUGUAAAGUUUCUACGUGCAUACACAAAGAUUAAAGAUAUUUUAAAGUA